UGUGUGUUUGUGUGUGUCAUUUGAUAACAAAACGUCAGAAAACGUCAAAAACAAAGUGGUAAACAAAAAUAUUUUUUUAUUGGGCAACUUUUUUUGUGGGGGAACAUAUUUUUGUAGGAAAAAAGUGUUUUUAAAUCGCUGGAGUGGCUAAAAUAAUCGCAUAAAUCGUUGAUUGGCAACAUACGCAAUGGGUUUUCCACGUAUAAUAAGCAAGAACAAUAAAAUAUACACGAAAUUGGGGGAUUUCUGUUUGUCUGGAGAUGGACAGCAGUUUUGGAUUGUGUGUCAUACGUGCCAAGAGGAGCUGCAGACACAAGAUAAGUUCUGGAAGCACAUACAGGACGAGCACAACUUUAUGCAUGGCGUUAGACAAGAACAGACACGAACUGCAGCCCAGGCAUAUAUGGAGGCAGCGGAAGCGGCAUCAAUGAUGCCGUUGCCAUUGUUUCGCAAGAUGAGUGUAAAUGAACAGCAGCGCGAGGAUAGCAUGAGCCAAGAAGAUGAGGAUAUGCACAAGGAACCAAAAGACUACACAGAGAUGCGGGCCCAUGAAGAUCCCAACCAGUCAGUGUCGAUUGACAUUAAAUUGGAACCACAGUUAAGUCAUCCAGGCCAGCAUCAACAAGCCCAACAGCAACAGCACCACCAGCAGCAACAACAGCAGCAACAGGAACAGCAAGAACAAAUGCAGCAACAACAGCAGCAGCAACAACAACAACACCAACAACAGACACAACAAAUUGAAAUAAGUGCACCCCUUAUGUAUCAAAUACCCCAUGUCCAUGCACCACCGGUCAGUGCUUAUGCCGCCUUAGUACAACCCAAUUUGAAUUCCCUAAAUAUGUCAGUUGCGGCCGCAGCAGCGGCUGCCUCUCAAGUGCCAACGUCAAUGGCCGCCCUAAUGCCCAUCAAAGAUGAGAUGGCGCACAAUAAGGAGUCGACCAACAAUAGUACCACGGCGAGUGCCAGCAGUGCCAUGUCCUCGGAGGACGGGGAACGUUGGUACAUCUGUGACUUUGAAAAUUGUGGGCUAAAGUUCAAAUAUCAAUCUCGGCUCGAGCUGCAUCGCAGUGUGCACAGUAAAGAGCGCAAGUUUGCCUGUGAAAUGUGCGGGGCCAGUUUUAAACAGUCAUGUAAUUUGUCGACACAUCGGAAAAAGAAGCACUCCCUUAAGGGUACUGCCAAAAUGACACUGGUGCCGCCGCAUCGUUUUUGAAACCCAUUUUUAAAUUUUUUACAAUUUCCUUUUUAUUUUUGAACAAAAAGAAAUCAAAUAGAAUUUCAAUUUUGAAUAGAAGAAAAUGAAAACUAACAACACCCACCAUCCUUAAGAAAACGAGAAAAAUAUUUUUGUUCUGCCUUUGUAUUUGUUUUUUUUUUCAACCCAAUAUUAAGGCUCAAGUAAAGAAAAACAAAAUCAUUAUAUAAAAUUUAAGUCAAGCCUUGGUUAAUUUUUUCGAGUAGUGUCAAAGAAAGCGAAAUUUAGAAAAAUCGAAAUUUAGAAAUCAACAAUGUUUAUUUUUUUGGAGCAUAAAUUCUAGAUCUUAAGUUUAGUUUUUGUAUUUUUUGAGGAUUUUAGCUAUUUUUGUUUGUAGUUUUUAAGAUUAUUUUAUCAAAUUUUUGUUUGUUUCAUAAAGAGUUUUAAUGAAAGCAUUCAUUGGGUGAAUGUUGUGUGUAAGAAUUAAAACAAAAAGAGUACGAAUUCUUUUAACCUUUUUUGGUUUUCUAAAAAUGCCUUAUCUUUCAAUUUUUUUCUUAGAUUUAAGAAGUGUUAAUUUAAUUUCUUUUUUUAUUUGAUAUAGAAAAAGGCUUAGAGGGAUAUUUCUCCCAGGCGAGAUUUUGCCAUUCUUUUCGUUUGUUUUUUAUCGUUUUUAACUUUUUUUGUGCAAUUUUGUAUGGCCUUUGAUUUUAAGUUUUUAUUCAUUCUCUAUAUCUAUGCGUUACUAUAAUUAUUACUUUUUCUCUCUUUUUAGUUGUAAUUAUUGUGCAAUUAUUAUUAGACAAAACAAAUAAAAAAAAACAAAUGAAUACAAAUUAUAUUAUAUAUAAAAA